CGUUGCGUGUACGUCAUAGGGAAUGUACCUGCACUGCGGUAAGUGCAAUUCCGAAUGCGCGCCAUUUUUUUUUCUACGAGCCACCUGUCGCGUUGACGACAUUUCCAGACAGUUCGCGAACAAACGACUCUAGUGACGUACAUACGUGACAUCGCCGUCAACCUGACUGUAGUACUGAAGUCGUUUCAUUUAUCUUCAUAAAACGCACUUGGAAGGUUUGCGCAAUAUUGAAGGCUGAGGUAUCGAGAGGAUUGCCGUUUUCGCACGAAUCUAUAAAAAAGAUUAAGGUUGUAUCCACGAGAUACCGGUAGAAAGAAACCAACAGGUGUCAAACCAACUAUAGUAAAGGCGUCGUUCAGCCAGAUAAUGGAAUAUGAUUAUUUGAUCAAAUUCUUGGCGCUUGGGGAUUCUGGCGUGGGAAAAACUAGUUUUCUUUACCAAUAUACUGAUGGAACGUUCAAUUCUCGUUUUAUCUCAACUGUUGGUAUCGACUUCAGAGAAAAGAGAGUGGUUUAUCAAACUGUAAAUGGUAGAAGUCAACGGAUACAUCUACAACUGUGGGAUACUGCUGGCCAAGAGCGAUUUCGAAGUCUAACUACAGCCUUUUAUCGAGAUUCAAUGGGAUUUCUGCUCAUGUUCGACUUGACCAAUGAACAAUCAUUUUUGGAAGUGAGAAACUGGCUGGAUCAAUUGAGGACUCACGCGUACUGCGAAGAUCCGGAUAUAAUUCUUUGCGGCAAUAAAUCGGAUCUUGAGGACAGACGCGUAAUUGGAGAACGAAAAGCGCGAGAACUGGCAGAAAAGUACGGAUUGGUCUACCUGGAGACUAGCGCUGCCACGGGACAAAAUGUCGCUAGAGCGAUUGAAAUCCUGCUGGAUCGCGUAAUGCGCAGGAUGGAAAUGACCGUGGACAAAUCCGUGUUACCUCAUCAAAGGAUUUUAAAGUGUCACGGUAGCCAGCAGGAGCAAAUUCCAAUUAAAGGAAACUGCUAUUGCUGACACUCAAGAGUAGUCGUAAGCUAAGAAGAUGCGCAAAUUGACUUCUGGCGACUGCCCAUUGUUGAUACCGCAAUCUCUCCUGAACGUUCAGACUUUCGAAAUGUCAUUGAGUGCCACGUCAUCUCUAAUCGCGGGCAUAUUGACCCUUUGUAUCAUUGCACUACCAACCGACAAUCAGUCAUAAGAUUCUUCCAAAUUGUCCUCCUACGGCGUAUCCACUUCUUUUUCCCUGUAAGUGUAAUAUCGUAAUACGAAAAAAGGAUACUUUCUGAUGUCUUCUGCUCUGGUAAAAUUUUAGCGUAGCUGCGAGUACGUUGUCACAUGAGCGUGCCUGAAUAAUUGGUGAUGCAGGGAUUAUCAGGACUCUACGAGUUCUAUCGAUGGAUCUUGAGAUGUAAAUGAUACAAAAAAUCGUAAGCGAAGCAUGCUUACGGAGGAAUAGUGAAUUUAAGUAGUCAUCGGUUUCCCGAAAGUACGAAACUUAUGAAAAGCUCCCGAUGCGUGCCUUUCGCGUAAGUCAAAAAGCAUUAUUGAACAAUUCACGUUUAGAAAACGUAAUCCCGAGGACAUUCCCAUAAUAUGUACAAUCAGACCAAGUAAAAACAUCUGAAGCUGAAUCGUUUGCACUCGUAUUCGUUCGUGACUAUUCGUAUUCCACUGCUGACGCCUUCACGUUGCAGUUGUUGAUCGAGAAAUUGUAUUGAUUGAGAUUUACAUCUACAGAAAACUGUGACAUUUGGGUACUCUAUCGUGUGUCUUCCUCUCUUUUCCACCGCACCCCCCCCCCUGGCCCUCCCCACCGACAUGCACAUCACUACCGUUAAUUCGGAGCCGAUGGCACUACUAUACGGUGAUUACAAAUCGAUAAAAUAUAUAUUUAGUGAGAAACAAUGAAAAUCAAUCUGAGUACCUGCAACGGAGUCUAAUGCGCAUAUGUUAAUCAGCUUUGAUCGGUGAUGUUGUACUUUUUAGGUUGAUCGUAUUAUUCGGAGUCUGAUGAAUUCUUAAAAAUAGUAACAUGCACUAUGUCGAUACUUACAAACUUGACUGAUUGGCUUGUGAUUAUUGGUCAAAGAGAAAAGUAAAUCGAUACGUGACAAGUUUCA